AUGGAAACCCUCAACGGAACCAGCUGGGAUGUGGUCAUCUCUGGCACGGGUCUACCACAGUCGCUACUCGCGCUAGCUCUGUCGCGUUCCGGAAAGACGAUUUUGCAUGUCGAUCGUAACGACUACUACGGCGGCGACGAAGCUGCAUUCAGUCUCGCUGAGGCCGAGACAUGGGCUGAGAAGCACUCCGCGCCGCUAGAAGAGUUUGCUCAAAGCUCUUUCAGUACUGCGGGAGUGAAAAAGCUCGAUAUUGAGCAGGAUCAGGAGUCGGUCAAGCUGGCACAUGCUCGGGCCUACUCGCUUGCGUUGGCGCCACACCWGRUCUACACACGCUCAGCUCUGCUAUCGUCGCUGGUCUCAUCUCAAACGCAUAAUCAGCUCGAGUUCCAAGCGGUUGGAUCCUGGUUCAUCCUGAACACGCGAGAGAGUGCCUCCACAGGGUCCGCGACGCUCACCAGGGUGCCAGGUGGAAGAGAGGAUGUCUUCCAAGAUCGUGCGCUCGAUCUCAAGGCAAAGAGGUCACUUAUGAAGUUCCUGCGCUUUGUCGCCGCCAGCGAAAGUCAGCCAGACACUUGGCAUGCAGACAGGUCAAUGGUCUUCUCCACCUUCCUCCAGCAGAAGUUCGCCUUGCCGCCCGCCUCACAUGCACCCAUAUUCGCACUCACGCUGAGCAACCAGCCAGCCGAGCAUACCACGGUCGGAUUUGCGGUGCCCAGGAUCGCAAGACACUUGACAAGUAUCGGGCUGUUCGGUCCGGGAUUUGGGGCUGUUCUUCCCAAGUGGGGUGGACUGGCAGAGGUAGGCCAGGUGGCCUGCCGUGCUUGUGCUGUAGGAGGCGGUGUCUACGUUCUCGGCCAGGGCGUGGUUGAGAGCCGCGCCGAUGAAGAUGCAGGCCUUAAGAUCACCCUUAGUGGUGGAGACAAGGUGUCUGCCAAGUGGCUGACUGGCACCCAUCUAGACCUGCCUUCGCCCCCGUCCAUUGAAGCAUCGGCCGGAACACUCAUAUCGAAAAGCAUCUCGAUCAUAUCAUCGCCAUUGACUGCCCUGUUCCCACCGACCUGCGAGGGAGGACCCGUGCCGGCAGGUGCCGUUGUUAUGAUGCCGACGAGCAAUGAUGGCGACCCGCCAGUGUACAUAUUCGCGCAUUCCAGUGAGUCUGGCGAAUGUCCUGUUGGACAAAGUGUCUUAUAUGCCUCUGUUUCUCAGCCAAGUGUAACCGGCUUUGUCCGCCUUGACGAAGCCGUGCGGAAGCUGAUCGAAUCGUUGAGCGAGGCUGACGACCUCCGAGUCUUGUGGACCAUGCAGUAUCAACAGUGUUUCAGCUCAAGAGCUGCCACUCCUACACAGAGUGGCUCGACGGUUGUGCUCGAUUCGCUCUCAUCYGAGCUUGCACUCGAAGAGGGCUUGCUGGAUAGCGUUAAGGCUGCAUGGCAGCAGAUCUGCGGUGUGGAUGGUGAGCCCGAUAGCUUCAUGAAGUUCGAAGCACGAGAUGGUGCUGUUGACGAAGAGGGUCUUGCUUAG